AUGCUGUGCAAGCGGGUUUGGUCGUGUCCUCGGAUCCCCCGAUCCUGGGGAACCGCGUCUCUAUCGACUCGACUGCAGAGCACCCAGGCAGACGCCAGACUCAACCCCCAAGCCGUCGCAUCGCCGACCGAGCUCCCACCUGCACAGCGCCCAACCGCAUCCCGGCUUUCCGCGCUGCAGUCCGCGAAGCCGUUCUCCGCAUUCCUGACCGACACCUUCAACCGGCAACAUGAUUACCUCCGGAUUAGCGUGACGGAGCGGUGCAACCUCCGCUGCCUCUACUGCAUGCCGGAGGAAGGGAUCGAGCUGUCACCGUCGGCGCGGCUCCUUACAUCCCCGGAGAUUGUGUAUCUCUCGUCUCUGUUCGUGUCACAAGGCGUGACCAAGAUCCGGUUGACGGGCGGCGAGCCGACAGUGCGCAAGGACAUUGUGCCGCUGAUGCAGCAGAUCGGCGAUUUGCGACGGCACGGGCUGCGUGAGCUCUGUCUGACCACCAACGGCAUCUCAUUGCACCGCAAACUCGACUCGAUGGUCGAGGCCGGGUUGACAGGGGUCAACCUCAGUCUCGACACGCUGGAUCCGUUCCAGUUCCAGAUCAUGACGAGGCGCAAGGGAUUCGAGGCCGUUAUGAAGAGUAUCGAUCGGAUACUCGAGAUGAACAAAGCCGGGGCCGGGAUCAAGCUGAAGGUCAACUGCGUGAUGAUGCGCGGUGUGAAUGAUCGCGAGAUCCUGCCUUUCGUGGAACUGGGCCGUGAGAAGCCCAUCGAGGUGCGGUUCAUCGAGUACAUGCCCUUUGACGGGAACAAGUGGAACCGCGGCAAGAUGUUCCCGUACCAGGAGAUGCUGGCUGUGAUCCGGGAGAAGUACCCCACGCUCGAGAAAGUCACCGAUCACAAGAAUGACACCAGCAAGACUUACCGGGUCCCGGGGUUCCAAGGCCGUGUGGGAUUCAUUACUAGCAUGACACACAACUUUUGUGGCACUUGCAACCGACUGCGGAUCACCAGCGACGGGAACCUCAAAGUGUGUCUUUUUGGAAAUUCCGAGGUGUCGCUUCGGGACAUUGUUCGCAAGGAGAAUGACGGGCAGCCUAUUGACGCGAGUGCGAUGGAACACCUGCAGCUGAUGGAGACGGUGCAUACUGCGGCCCGCAUCCAUGACGAGGGUGGAUUGGUGAACGAGCGGGAACAGGAGAUUCUCGACCUCAUUGGCAUGGCCGUGAAGCGCAAGAAGGCCAAACAUGCCGGCAUGGGGCAGUUGGAGAACAUGAAGAACAGGCCCAUGAUUCUGAUCGACUCUGAACCCGCACCCGAGACCCGUCCCCAGCAACCCACCUCUCUCCCUACAAAUUCAGACCCAGACCUGCCACAUCUAACCCCAUCCAAAACCGUACACAUGACUCAAAUCACCUCGAAGCCAGAAACACAACGACAAGCCACAGCAGCAUGCCACGUCUCUUUCUCCAACCCCCGGCCCUGGGGGCUUCUCCGACACGGGCAGCACACACACAAAGGGGACGUAUUCAGCGUCGCGCGCAUUGCCGGCAUCAUGGCGGCCAAGCGAACCCCGGACCUUAUCCCGCUCUGCCAUCCGGGGAUUGGCAUCACGGGCGUCGAGAUCAGUGUGGAGCUCGCUAGUCCGGACGAGCAGCGGUCUUCAAAACACGGUGCUAUGCAGAUUGUGGCGACUGUCAGCUGUUCUGGGCGCACUGGGGUCGAGAUGGAGGCUAUGACGGCGGUGACGGGGGCCGCAUUGACGGUGUAUGAUAUGCUCAAGGCUGUGGAUAAGGGGAUGGAGAUUGGGGGAGUGCGGUUGUUGGAGAAGAAGGGGGGGAAGAGUGGGCACUGGGUGCGAGGGUCAUAA